CCUGUAGUUUGCAAGAAAAGGAAAGCUCUCCUCGGUGAGAGUCCUGACUGUGGCACCUCACAUGAGCCAAUUCAGUCUAGGAGGGUAGUAAUUUCUCAUAAUAUGGAUAAAGCUCUGAAAGAAGUGUUUGACUACAGUUACAGAGAUUAUGUUCUGUCCUGGUAUGGAAACCUCAGCAGAGAUGAGGGGCAACUCUACCAUCUGCUCUCAGAAGACUUCUGGGAAAUUGCCAGGCAGCUGCGCCACAGACUGGGUCACGUAGACGUGGUUAAAGUUGUCUGCAAUGAUGUCGUAAGGGCUUUACUCACUCAUUUCUGUGACCUGAAAGCUGCUAAUGCCAGGCAUGAAGAACAGCCGAGGCCUUUUGUGUUGCAUACCUGCUUGAGAAAUUCAGUUGAUGAAGUAAGAUUUCUACAAACGUGCUCUCGGGUUCUGGUGUUUUGUCUUCUCCCUUCAAAGGACGUCCAGUCUCUCAGUUUACGUAUAAUGCUCGCAGAAAUUCUCACAACAAAAGUCUUAAAGCCUAUAGUGGAGUUAUUGAGUAAUCCAGAUUAUAUUAACCAAAUGCUGCUUGCACAGUUGGAGUACAGAGAACAGGUGAAUGAACAUCACAAGAGAGCCUACACCUAUGCUCCUUCUUAUGAAGAGUUCAUCAAGCUUAUUAAUAGCAACUCUGAUGUGGACUUCUUGAAACAAUUAAGGUAUCAAAUUGUUGUGGAAAUCAUCCAGGCGACCACAAUUAGCAGCUUUCCCCAACUGAAGAGGCACAAGGGUAAAGAAACGGCUGCAAUGAAAGCUGAUCUCCUGAGAGCCAGGAAUAUGAAAAGAUACAUUAACCAACUGACUGUGGCGAAGAAGCAGUGUGAGAAGAGAAUCAGAACCCUGGGAGGCCCUGCCUACGAUCAGCACGAGGACGGGGCUGUGGAUGAGGGUGAUGGGCCUCAAAGCCAGAAGAUUCUUCAAUUUGACGAUAUCUUGGCCAAUACUUCCUACCGAGAGCACUUUCAAACUUACAUGGAAAGGAUGGACAAGAGAGUUCUGAUUAGUUUUUGGGAGUCUGUGGAACAUUUAAAGAGUGCAAACAAGAAUGAAAUUCCACAAUUAGUUGGUGAAAUCUAUCAGAAUUUCUUUGUGGAGAGCAAAGAAAUAUCUGUGGAAAAAUCACUUUAUAAAGAAGUCCAGCAGUGCCUCGUAGGAAAUAAAGGUAUUGAGGUGUUCUGCAAAAUCCAGGGAGACGUUUAUGAGACCCUCAAGGAUAGGUAUUACCCUUCAUUUAUUGUCAGUGACCUGUAUGAGAAACUGAUGAUGAAAGAGGAAGAAAAACAUGUCUCACAGUUGAUUUCCAACAAGGAGGAAGUGGGCUCAGGAUGUGAGACUGGUGAAGAAGCUGUGGAUGAAGGUCCCAGUCGGAUUAAUGAACAAGCCAGUUUUGCUGUAAACAAACUUCGAGAACUAAACGAGAAACUUGAAUAUAAAAGGCAAGCUCUAAAUUCUAUUCAAAAUGCACCAAAACCUGACAAGAAGAUUGUUUCCAAAUUGAAGGAUGAAAUAAUUCUAAUAGAGAAGGAACGCACAGACCUUCAACUGCACAUGGCAAGAACAGAUUGGUGGUGUGAGAACCUAGGUAUGUGGAAAGCUUCCAUCACUAGUGGAGAGGUUUCGGAAGAGAAUGGUGAACAAAUGCCUUGUUACUUUGUCACAGUAAGCCUACAAGAAGUUGGAGGAGUUGAAACUAAGAAUUGGACAGUCCCAAGAAGGCUCAGUGAGUUUCAGAAUUUACACCGGAAACUGAGUGAGUGUUUUCCUUCUUUAAAAAAAGUCCAGUUGCCUUCUCUUAGCAAGCUGCCUUUCAAAUCUAUAGAUCACAAGUUUAUGGAAAAGUCAAAGAAUCAAUUAAAUAAGUUUUUACAGAAUCUGCUUUCAGAUGAAAGACUCUGUCAGAGUGAAGCACUUUAUGCCUUUUUGAGCCCUUCUCCUGACUACCUCAAGGUUAUUGAUGUACAGGGGAAAAAAAACACGUUUUCAUUAUCUUCAUUUUUGGAAAAAAUUCCUCGUGACUUCUUCUCCCACCAAGAGGAGGAAGCAGAGGAGGACAGUGACCUGUCAGAUUACGGUGAUGAUGUGGAUGGCAGGAAGGACGCCUUGGCUGAACCAUGUUUCAUGUUGAUUGGGGAGAUUUUUGAACUUCGAGGAAUGUUUAAAUGGGUGAGAAGAACAUUAAUUGCUCUCGUUCAGGUCACUUUUGGAAGAACCAUCAACAAACAAAUCCGGGACACAGUGAACUGGAUUUUCAGUGAGCAAAUGUUGGUUUACUACAUCAAUGUUUUCCGGGAUGCUUUUUGGCCAAAUGGGAAAUUGGCACCACCACCCACAAUCAGAAGUGAAGAGCAAAGUCAGGAAACUAAACUGAGAGCGCGGCAAAAGCUACUUGAAAACAUUCCAGAUGCACUUCAGAGCCUUGUUGGACAGCAAAAUGCCCGCCAUGGUAUAAUAAAAAUAUUCAAUGCACUGCAGGAAACAAGAGCCAAUAAGCAUCUUUUAUAUGUGCUGAUGGAACUGCUGCUAAUAGAACUGUGUCCCGAGCUGAAAGCUCAUUUAGAUCAACUUAAAGCUGGUCAAGUUUGAGACAGCACACACACACCACCAGAGAAAUGUCUGUGUAAUAAUAGACAUGAAACAUUUUCCUCUUACCACAGAGGGCCUGAAUGAGAACCAUAUCUAUCUUUAUUUUCGUCCCCUCCCUCUAGUUUUAUGUGAAACAUGCAGAAUUAGGGGGCAGGUGGACUUGAUGCUAUAGUAGGCAACAGAAAAAAUAACUUGUUUAUUGAUUUUUAUUUAAAUAAUAGACUUAAAGUUCAAUAUACGGAUUGAAAUACAAAUGUUAAUAUGUGAAAGAACCUAGGAAAUAUUUUAAAUAUUUAUGAAAACAGUUUUGUUUUAAAUGAACUAUGACUAUUGUACAGUUAAUUUCCUCACUGAGGACCGAACAUUCCUGUAUCAUUUCAUGUGUGUUGAAGAACAUUGUUGUGCAAUGCUUUAUGUAAAGUUAUUGUGAAAUUUUUAUUGUCUUUAUUUUUACCAAAGAUUUCCCAUAGUUUGAAGCAUU